AUGCGCCUGACUUUGUCGUACGCUCAAAACGAGCAUUAAACGGACACUCAGCGACAAGGGAACGUCUCAAAAUGCUGGCCCGCGCCGCCACCCGGCGCGCAGCGCUUUCCCUGCGUCAAAACCGCCGGCCCCUGCAGCACCUAGCAUCUGCAGCAAGGCGCACGAGUGUCGCCGCACCCCGCGCCGCGCUGGCGGCAGGAGCCCCGUUAACGCUCGCCUUCGCCGCCACGACCUACGCGCGCGCCGAGGCGACGCACGACGCCGCCAUCGAGGCCGCGCGGAUACGCGCACAACGAUUAGCGGACGCGGCGGAACGAGCAGCACAAUUACGACAGACGCCGUCGCGGUGGCGUUUACUGAGAAGAGCCAUGAACCUUUCUCUGAGAGCCACGCCAUUAAUCGUCGGGCGGCUCACGGCGGACGUCUCGCGGAUGCUGGGCAUUCGAGCAGUCGACGACCUGUGGUGGUCCUGGUGCCUCCGAGAAGUGGAGCGCGCGGGCCCGACCUUUAUCAAGUUGUGCCAGUGGGCGGCGUCUCGCGAUGAUUUGUUUCCGGUCCAAGCUACUAGGCGGUUCGCGCGACUCCACGACCGAGUCGAACCUCAUAGCUAUGAACAGACGCAGCUCUCCGUGAGCAAAGCGUUCGGGGACCAAGACCUAACGAUAGGACCGAUCCUCGGAAGCGGCUGCGUCGCGCAAGUGCACCGCGGGACACUACAUGGUCGAGACGUCGCGGUCAAAGUAGUCCAUCCAGGAGUGAGAGAAUUAGUGGACUGCGACAUGUGUUUGUUGCGCGGUAUCGGGUCCAUCGUCGAGUACUGGGCGCCUUCCUUGAAAUAUUUGGCUGUUAGAGGUACUUUACAGCGCUUCGAAAAGGUCAUGCGCGCUCAACUCGACUUGCGGACGGAGGCGGCGAACCUCGAGAAGCUCCAUUUGUUAUUUGCUCAAGAUGAGAACGUGGUGAUUCCGAGGCCUGUUUUGGAGGUCAAUGGCGUCGAUGGCGCGCAACGAGAUGUACUCGUCGAGGACUUUGUGGAGGGCACGCCCGUCCUCAAGUACGCCGCGAACAAAUCGAUCGAGGAGAAGGAAUUGCUGGCCACUCAUGGUGCGAGAACAGUACUAAAAAUGGUCUUACAUCACAACUUCGUGCACGGGGACCUUCAUCCCGGAAAUGUGUUAGUGGAGGAGUCUACCGGAAGGUUAGCUAUCUUGGAUGCGGGCAUCUGUGUGGAGAUACCGACCGAGACGCACAAGACGAUGGUUCGGGUACUGAGAGCUAUGUUGGAGUACCGCGGCGACGACGCGGCUCGGCUGUUGCUCGAGAACAACGGUGGGAGCGACGACUCGCAGGACCAACUCCAGCGGGAGGAGGCGUUCGUGGACGGGUUCGCGAAGUUUGUGGAAUCUACUCGGACCCAACCUAUUUUUGAUUCGAUGGCGUCGUAUGUGGGCGACGUCUGCGCGUUAGCCGUGAAUAAUAGGGUCGCGUUGGACGCGUCUUUCGUGGCCGUGGCGUUAGCGGUCAAAGUCGUGGAAGGCCUGGUCGUUGAUUUGCAACCGGACUUUCCCUUCGUCGAGAUCGCGGUGCCCAUGUUUCUCAAAGAAAGUUGCAUGCGCGCGUCGCGCGAGGAGGCGGGGCGCAUGAGCGCCUACAUGAACGGGCUGCUGACGGGGCUGCGGAACGAGGAGAGUCAGUAGAAUUGUGUUUUUUUCGGUCGUGCUUGGUUAUAAGUAUAUCCUUCGUGUAA